CUUAAAAAGCGGAAACCACCGCUAGUUCUGGCAACAAAACACACUGGAAAGACGAUUUCGUUUUCUGUGAGAGGUUUGUUGGCACUCUGGUUGAAAAUUUUUGAAUCGAGUCAGUGGGUCAGUUUUAAAGCUGCUUCACGUUUCGUCGGGGCUUGCGUUCCGGACUCACUUCUUGACAGCCCUCGUGGUCAGAGGCGGCUUGUUCCGCUCACGGUGGCAACCAGGCACAGCGCGGGAAAUGAGGCAUUCUGCACGGUGGCAUAAAGGGCAUGUUUGUAUAUUUCAGAUUCCGCCUGUAGCUUGUAUCGCUCUGUACUUUAUAAUGCUUUUUCGUUAAAACGGAAGCGCGCAUCUUAAACUUCCAUUUUCAUUUCAAGAUGUAACAUUAACCUGCGCGAAAAGUAUGAUGUGCCAUCUUGAUACAGGAGUUGGCUCUUUGAGGACCUGGUGAUAAUUUACGGGAAGGUGUCCGGGUACCGGGUAGUAAAUCAGACCGGCAGUUAGGUUGCGCUUCGUUCAUCGCUGCCCACUUGGUGAGGGCAUCGCGGAGGCAUCAGGCGCGCCGUGUGGGUGCCCAGCGGGGCUGUGAAACUGAACCCCAGAGAAGGCAGUGACUUGUCUGAAGUCAGUCAGUGAGCUCAGGGCACAGCCGGCGUUUGCAUCCAUGUCCGGCCGAGUUCUUGUGUGUGCGCUCAGCUGCACCGGCCGGCCGCAGCCCCCCACCCGGGAUGCAGUUCUGGGUGGGCGCGGGGGUAGGAGCGACGUGUCUCGGGACCGAGGACACAGACUCUCAAGUUGUUUCCAGCCUUUCUCUGUUUUCUUCGUUCUCCUGAUUCCAACUGGGAGUUUGAAUACAUGGAUUUUAUGCUAAUUUCUUCUUUUUCUUUUUUGGUUCAGGUUGAAGAAAACCUAUAUCCUGCUUUCUGUGAGCAGCACUUAGUUGUGCAACCGAUCGGUCAUGCAGCCGCCGCCUCAGGCAGCCCCAUCAGGCGUGGUCGGGCCACCUCCGGCCGGAACUCCUCAGAGCAUGUUCUGGUCCAACAGAUCUUACAGGAGACAGGCAAAUAGUAACGCACCGGUGACCCCGAUAACUUGCCCGUUGCAGCCGGUAACGGAUCCGUUUGCUUUCAGUAGACAAGCGCUACAAACUACAUCGUCGGGCAGUUCGUCCAAAAGCAGCACGCCCGUUCUGCAGGGCCCGGCCCCGCCAGCGUUCCUUCAGCGCCCUGGUCUGCCUGUGCCUCACGCAAAUGCUGGGGAUACCUCGCAAGGACCUGUGUUGCAGGCCACAGCGGACGCUGGUCUGUUUGCCAGCGUGUUGCCACCUUCGGCGCCGCCAGAGCCAGAGUUGCACAGGGGUGCCGAGCUUGCUUCCAGCUCGGAACCCGAAGUUCAGACUCUGCCAUGUCCUCACAUUCCAGGAGUGGGUGCCGACAGUCCCCACGGGGGCCAUCCGCACGCGAACGUGCUUGGGCCCGAGAGACCCCUGAGUCGGCAGAACCCGCACGACAGUGCUGUGGCGCCGUCCCCUUUCUUCCCUCAGCCUCGUCAGCAAAUGCCAGGGCAGUGGGGGCCAGGGCAGGGAGGCCCACAGCCCUCAGGUCAACAUUAUUGGCCCCGCCCAGAAGGACCUGUUCAGCACCCGGUGCCCCACGCCUCCAGCGUUUCCCUCUUCCCCGCUCCGUCCAGCCCGUAUCACGGUCCCGGCCACGAGCAGCUCAACCCACUGGUGUCUUUGCCAGGACCCUUGGCCGGUGACGGAAGCAAUGAGCCGGCCUACCUGCCGAGUGGUAACCAGUCAGCAAAUAACUUUGAUCCUGACAACGCGUUCAGGCAAAAUUCUAGAGCUGGGAAUCCUCGGGCAAGCCAGGAGCUCAGGCCAAAUCCAGGAGUGAAUAAAGAGCAGUUGCCAGACCUCGCUCUUGUGAAUCCCCUCGCUCAGGGAAACAGCCCGGAAAGCCAUUUGCACUACCCCCCAGGGGCCGAGACCAGCCGGGUCCUGCCGGAAGUGGACUCGGGAGCUCUCUCCAUGUUCUUCCACGGCGGAGAGACGGAAAAUGAGGAGAACCUCUCAUCCGAAAACACAAGCUUCGCUGGUCGGUCUGACUUGGAUGGCUCCUCCCCCGGCCCGGGACUUGGCCAUGCUCCCGCACGUGUGGGAGUGGGUGGCGUUUACCACGCCUUUCCCAGAGGUUCCAGCAACGAGGCCACGCAGCAGGGAGGCCACCCGCAGCCUUAUUUCUCUCAGUCUGCAGGCGCCCAGCCCGAUAGACCGGCCACGGCAAGCGCUGCCGUCACUGUGUGGGGCAGCCCAGCAGGCGCAGGGGCUCACGCCAGCAGCCCACAGUACGAGAACGUGGAGGACUUAGAGUUCAUUCAGAAUCAGGAAGUUUUGCCAAGUGAGCCCCUAAGUUUGGACCCUCCCGCCCCCGGCGAUCCGCUCAGAUACGGCCCCAGGCUCGGUGUUGGGGGCCACGCUGGGGGCGGGGGCCCAAAUCUCGAGGCCCCGGAUUCAGUGCCACACCCCGUGCGAUCCGACAGCGUGUCGUCCAGUUACAGCAGCAAGAGCCACAGGAAUCUUCCAGGUGCGGCCAGGCCUCAAGACCUGGGGGGCACUUUCAUUCAGCAAGAAGUCGGAAAACCUGAAGAUGAGUCUUCGGGGAGCUUUUUUAAGCAAAUUGAUUCUUCUCCUGUAGGAGGCGAGACACACGAGACCACCGUGAGCCAGAAUCACCGCAGCAGCCUGUCCCAGCCCUCAACCCCAAGCCCCCCAAAACCCACUGGAAUAUUCCAGACAAGCGCGAAUAGUUCUUUUGAACCGGUGAAAUCCCACUUAGUUGGAGUAAAACCAGUUGAGGCCGAUCGGGCCAAGGUGGUGGGCGAGGUGAGGGGGGCCGGACCCCACCAGAAGCAGCACCGGCCAGCUGCCGCACCGCCUGACACCUGCCCUGGCAACUUGGAGCAGCCCCCGGACAACAUGGAGACCCUGUUCACACUCCAGGCCGGUUCUCUGCCCUUUACCGUACCCGUGGAGGCCGAGCACGGGCUCGGGCACGCUGGGGGGCCGCCCUCGGAGACCGUGCUUCCGGCAGCUGAGAAGAGGCCCUUGGCCAGGGCCCAGGGAGCUGUGAAGUGCGAGAGCCCAGUGACGACCUUGUGGGCACAGAACGAGCUCCCGGAUUUCGGGGGCAGCGUGCUCCUGGCCCCGGCUGCCCCGGCACUGCACGCGCCCGUGAGGCCUCAGCCCUCUGAAGUGAUCCAGCCUCCUGACGAGGGAGUGUCCGGUCAGCAGCCCCGGCAGCCAGGCCCUGGCCUCCCUCUGCGGAGCAGGGACGGCGUCGGAGCUUCCGAGAACCUCGAGAACCCUCCCAAGAUGGGAGAAGAGGAGGCCCUUCCCUCGCAGGCGAGCUCGGGCUAUGCCAGCCUGUUAUCCUCACCGCCCACUGAGUCUUUGCAGAAUCAGCCAGUCUUGAUUGCCCAGCCUGAUCAAAGCUAUAACUUGGCUCAGCCCAUUAAUUUUGCUGUGUCCUUAUCGAGUCCUAAUGAGAAGAGUCUGCCCUGGAGAGAUGCUUUGGUGGGGGAUAAACCGACAGCAAGCAGCCGGACUGUCGGGGGGGACUCCGGAGAAAGCGCUCCUGCGUCUGGGAUCGCAGCCACCUCUGUCACCCGCUCGCCUCUGCCCAAGAGUCUCCCGCAAGGUAGCUUUCCACAAGUUCCUGGCACUUCGGAGACCGUUUGUAAUCAACCUGCUAAUUUGCUGGUUCAGCCGCCACCUCAUCCGGUUCCAAAGAACUUGCUUCCAGAAGGCCAAAAGGUUCAUAAUGCAGAGAACGUUCUUCCCGAGCUGGUUGGUAGCCCUGCUGGAAGCACAGGCGUGAUGUUGGUGCCGCCUGCAAACGCUACCUCGGUCCCUGCUGGUAGUAAAGUGGAUCCCUCCGGUAAUCGGGAAGAAACUUCUGGAGCUCUAGACUUCACGCUGAAUAGGACUUUGGAAAAUUCUCUGAGGAUGUAUGGCCCGUCCCGUUCUGACAGCCCAGCUUGUCCGCAAACCAUCACCGGUCAGCCUAGACAACCUGGGCCAGGGGCACAUAACCCAGACUGUUUCUACCAGCAGGUGACAAAAGACGCUCAGGACCCAUGUGGCCUAGGGAGGGCCCAGCAGGAGCCGUCGCCGGCCCCCCAGCAAGGGCCCAGAGCAACAUGUUCAGAACCUUCGAACCCAGGAAGCUCGCCAGUGCAGGGGCAGUCCCAAAACUCGGUCCCACCACCAGCAAGUCCCGCUCCAGCUGACACGGGUCAGCAGCUGCUGCCUCGGCCGCCUCGGUCCUCCAGCGCGUCCAUCGUGUCCACCAGCUCCAGCCAGGCAGCCGCACGGUCGGACCAGCAGUGGCUGCAGCCACCGCCUCCCUCGGACUUGGCAGCUUACUACUAUUACAGACCCCUGUACGAUGGCUACCAGUCGCAGUACCCCUCGCCAUACCCGCCGGAUCCCGGCACAGCCUCCCUCUAUUACCAGCAGGACGUCUAUGGCCUGUAUGAGCCCAGAUACAGGUCCUACGACAGCGCGGUGUCCGCCUACGCUGAGAGCUACCGCUGCCCCGAGCCCGAGCGGCCCAGCUCCCGGGCAAGUCACUGCUCGGACCGGCCACCUGCCAGGCAAGGCUAUCCUGAAGGUUACUACAACUCCAAAAGCGGAUGGAGCAGCCACAGUGAUUACUAUGCAGGUUACUACUCCAGCCAGUAUGACUACGGAGAUGUGGGCCGCUGGGACCGAUACCACUAUGGCUCCAGAUUCAGGGACCCCCGCGCCUGUGACCGGAGGUAUUGGUAUGAUGCGGAAUACGAUCUGUACCGGAAAGAAAACUACACUUACGGGGACAGGCCCGAGAGGUACGAUGACCCCUGGAGGUACGACCCUCGCUUCACUGGCAGUUUUGACGACGACCCUGAGCCCCACAGGGACCCUUACGGGGAGGAGGCGGACAGACGCAGCGUGCACAGCGAGCGCUCCGCACAGAGUCUGCGCAGCAGCCUCAGCUCCCGCUCGCGCCAGAGUCAGGUUUACAGAAAUCACGGCAUGACUGCUGCUUCCUACGAGGCCCCGCCUCCCCCAGACUCCUUGCCCGGAGAUUAUGCCUACGGCAACAAUUUUGGCAGCGUCCAGGGCUUCCCGGAGUACGGUUACCCUGCCGAAGCCGGCUGGCCCGCGACAGAGCAAGCUCCGUCAAGACCAACCUCUCCUGAGAAAUUCUCGGUGCCUCAUGUCUGUGCCAGGUUUGGUCCUGGGGGUCAGCUCAUUAAAGUGAUUCCAAAUCUGCCUUCAGAAGGACAGCCCGCGCUGGUCGAGAUCCACAGCAUGGAGACCUUGCUGCAGCACACGCCGGACCAGGAGGAGAUGCGCUCAUUCCCGGGACCGCUCGGCAAAGGUGACACCCAUAAAGUGGAUGUUAUUAAUUUUGCACAGAACAAAGCUACGAAAUGUUUGCAGAAUGAAAAUUUAAUUGACAAGGAGUCUGCCAGUCUCCUUUGGAAUUUCAUUGUUCUCUUGUGCAGGCAGAACGGGACCGUGGUGGGAACAGACAUCGCAGAACUUCUGUUACGAGACCACCGAACGGCAUGGCUUCCUGGGAAGUCACCCAACGAGGCCAACCUGAUUGAUUUUACUAACGAGGCGGUGGGACAAGUGGAGGAGGAGGAGUCCGGGGAGGCCCAGCUCUCGUUCCUCACCGACAGCCAUGCGGCCACCACCAGCACUCUCGAGAAGGAAACAGAGAGGUUCCGAGAGCUGCUGCUCUACGGACGCAAGAAGGAUGCUUUGGAAUCUGCGAUGAAAAAUGCCUUGUGGGGACAUGCUCUGUUGCUGGCAAGCAAGAUGGACAGCCGGACACACGCCCGGGUCAUGACCAGGUUCGCCAACAGUCUUCCAAUCAACGACCCUCUGCAGACAGUGUACCAGCUGAUGUCGGGCCGGAUGCCCGCUGCGUCCACGUGUUGCGGAGACGAGAAGUGGGGGGAUUGGAGGCCGCAUCUUGCUAUGAUUUUGUCCAACCUGAGCAGCAGCGUGGAUGUGGAGUCCAGGGCGAUGACCACCAUGGGCGACACGCUAGCUUCGAAAGGUCUCUUAGAUGCUGCGCACUUCUGCUACCUCAUGGCCCAGGUCGGGUUAGGGGUCUAUACGAAGAAAACCGCAAAACUGGUUUUAAUCGGAUCGAAUCACAGUUUGCCGUUUUUCCGGUUUGCGACCAAUGAAGCCAUUCAGAGGACGGAGGCCUAUGAGUAUGCCCAGUCCCUCGGGGCACAGACCUGCUCCUUCCCCAACUUCCAGGUGUUCAAGUUCAUCUACUCCUGCCGCCUGGCGGAGAUGGGGCUGGCCACGCAAGCCUUCCACUACUGCGAGGUGAUCGCCAAGACCAUCCUGACGCAGCCCCACGCGCACUCUCCGGUGCUCAUCAGCCAGCUGGCUCAGAUCGCCUCGCAGUUGCGUCUCUUCGACCCUCAGCUGAGAGAGAAGCCGGAGGAGGAGUCCUUCGUGGAGCCCGCCUGGUUGGUCCAGCUGCAGCGCGUCGAGAAGCAGGUCAAGGAGGGCGCCGCGCCGUGGAGCCUGGACGGGGCCCUCUCCCAGCGCUGCCCCAGCACGCCCAGCCCUGAGGCCGGGCAGCACGACGGCCCGGGACCCGCCCAGCCGGGCAACCCGCUGCUGGCACUGCCUGUGCCCAGCGCCGAGCGCUUCGGUCAGGGCGUGCGGCUGCUGCCUUCAGCUCCGCCGACGCUCCCCGCCAGGGUGCCGUUGUUCCCCGUGCCACCACCCCCCGGCCCUGCGGAGCUGGGGCCUGGCUGCGGACCCCCGGGGUCUGCGCUUGGCUUUCCAGAGCCCUCUGUGCCUGAGCCUGCAGCUCUGUACCCGGGACCUGGCGUGCCAGCGGGCGCACCGUCUCUGCAGGAAAGCGAGCACCUGCCCCAGGACGCCGGAAGCCAGGACCCAGGGGUGAUGCCACAGGAGGCGCUUGGGAGAAACUCGCUUCUGGAACGGAGAGAAGAUGGUUUUGGCGGAAAAUUUGCUCAUCUGGGCCCCUCCAGGACGUCCCAGGACUCCGAGGUCCCUCCGGCGUGGGAGCGUGCUGGCCCCGGAGCCCUGCAGCCGCCUCUCACGUCCACGCCCGAAGGGAAGAGGCCUGCACAGGCGGCCGGGAAAGAGGUCAAGGAGCCUAAGAAGAGCAGCGAGUCCUGGUUAUUUCGUUGGCUGCCCGGGAAGAAAAGGACGGAGGCUUAUCUGCCCGACGACAAGAACAAGUCGAUCGUCUGGGAUGAAAAGAAGAACCGAUGGGUAGAUGUAAAUGAGCCAGAGGAGGAGAAGAAGGCUCCGCCCCCACCACCAACCUCCCUCCCCAAGGCUGCACAGGCUGGGCCCCCUGGUCCCGGAGGACCCCCGAGAGCCUCCGUGAACAUGUUUUCCAGGAAAGCAGCCGGAGCCCGAGCGCGUUACGUGGACGUCUUAAACCCGGGGGGCCCCCAGCGGAGUGAACCGGCUCUCGCCCCGGCGGAGUUUUUUGCUCCUCUGGCCCCGAUGCCGAUUCCCACCCACUUGUUCGGACCAAGCGCAGAUGCGGAGGAAGCCCCACCCGCAGAGGGGGCCGGCAGGGAAGGGCGUGCGCCUGCGGGGGGGGCCGUCGAUCCAGGGCCUGCCUCAGAGCCCCAGGUGUUAGGUUUGCCAGCGUCGCUCCCUGGCCCUGAGCUCCUACCCGCCCACGAGGACGGUUCCAAGGGAGGAGAGCUUUCACGCUGUAGUUCACUGAGUUCAUUAUCGCGUGAAGUAAGCCAGCAUUUUUAUCAGGCUCCCAGUGACCACCCCGCAGCAGGGGGCGCCUCCGGGGCAGCCGUGCCCUUCUGCAGCCCUGCUCACUUGGCACAGGCCUCUGCCGCCUCGGGGGGCUCCAGGAUGGGGAGGAUCGGCCAGAGGAAGUACCCGGCGUUGAGCUAGAAGGGUCCCCGUCCUGCAGUGGCAUCUGGAACCCUCAAAUUCUGCUCCACCGCGAACUCGGACGGAUCGAUGGCCCGCACCUCCCUUCUGUUCCCGCCCAGAUGGGGACGCCAGUGACUCCGUGCGGUCGUGCUCGGACUCCUUCACGGCCCGUCUCCGCAGCGUUGCAGGGGCUGGGUCCGCGGCCCCUCUGCCGUGCUGGGGGAAGCGAGGGGAGCUUUGGCUCCGUCUCUAGCCGACGGUGACCCGAGGGUAAAACGCUCUUAGUCGUUCGGGAGCGGUGCGCCGAGGGAGGCCGGAGCCAUCUUUGCUGUGCGAAAAAACCCAGCCCUUCGGUAACUGGGGUGUCUCGGAAAACCUAACCGUGCUUUUACUGCUGUGUCGGGCCCCCCUGGGCCCGGGAGGGCGCCCUGGGGCCUGGCACCGCAUCACGGGCUUCAAGGAAACGUGGACUCAGCGGAGUUUUCCAGGGAGGCCCUGGUCGCCCAAGUGCAUUUGAGUCUGGCGGCAAAGAUGUUCCAGCUUCGCUUCCUUCUCUGUCCGGGAGGGAGGCUCUGCUCUCCACUCCCCGGGCCGGGCCGGGCCGUGUUCCACGUGGGACCCGCCCCCCUAACCCACCAGUGCUAAAAACUGGCUGUGACGAAUUCCAUUCGGGUUUUCUUAGUAUGUGAGUAGCCUGGUUAGACUCGUCCCCAGAGAAACUUCUGGACUGCCAUGCCCUUUGUAAAAUAGUCGAUGUACUUCCUCAUGACUGGUCCUCAGGGCGCAGAGUUGACACGCGCCCUGACCCUGAGGCUGCUGCCUCCGCUUUUCCCACACCGGGAUCUUCAGUGGGUGGGGGGGCUGAACCCACAGAGGGAGGCCCCGCCCCCUGGACUCAAAGCUUUAAGGCUUCAUCGACUGUUCUUAGAAUUAUCCACGUUCUUGUUAAGUCUGAAGAGACCGCAGAAAAACAUUAAAUAUUUAUAAGAAUCAUUAGGACAUUUAUUUCUGUAGGUUCUGCUGGGGACAUAGUUGGGUGUUGUGAAUCGAAGUGCAGAAAGGGCGUAAAUGAGUUAGCACGGGCCUCGGUUUCCCUGGCGGCUCACUGGGUCAUGGAGGAAGGGCGCGGAGUGUUUUCCCGAGCGUCACCCAGGGCGCGCCCGGAUGCGUUGGUUCUGGUCACUUGGAGAGAGGUGGGGCGUGGCACCCGGGGCAGUGGGGGCCCUGGGACCCGAGACCUCCCUGGCGCCCUCGGUCUGGCCUGCCCACCCGACCGUUCCCUGCGCGGGCUGCCGGCGACUUUUGAUUCAAGAAGCUCCCUCCCAGGCCAGGCGGGAGCUGCUAUUUUUACUAAAUGCAAAUUGGUAAAUAAAGUAUUUUGCGCUCGCAAAA